AUGGCAAAUAAAAUACUAGAUCCAAUCUUUAGAUUAUACGAUCUGAUUCGUUAUUCGUUUAACAAGAAAAAAGAGGAUUAUAUUAUCAUCUCACCGACUGUUGGUUCUAAAUCCCAAUUGAAUGAUGGUGGUAGAAUUACCUUCGAAAUAAAUUCAUUAUCGAAUUGGUUGCUUCUUUCCGAUGCUUAUUUCAGAUGUGAUUUCAAAAUUAAAGAAGGAACUCAGAAUCAAGUUCCACAAACUAAUACAACGUUAGAAAACAAUUUCUUUCUAUCUUUAUUUAGCGAGAUGGUUUUGGAAGCUGGUUCAAAUCCUAUAGAAACAAUCAAACACCCUGGGGAAUUCGACACAAUGCUGAAAACAGUUUUAUAUCCUAAAGAUUUCGAUUCAGUCUCAGUCAGAGACGAUAUAGAUUUAGAAAGAAUUGACGCGAACGCAAAAGAAGGUGGAUUUUUACCUUUCCUUCUACCUUUAAUAGUUGGUGGUAUUGCAGCGGCGGGUGAAGCAACUGGAGGAAUAUCUGCCGCAGUUAAAGCUGCCAACGCAAAGAAAGCAACUGAUGCUAAAGCCGCUGAAGAACGCAGACAUAAUUUAGCAAUAGAAAAGGAAGCACGAGGUUCAGGAGUGGGAGAUAUGAUAGGGGCGCGGUAA